AUGGCCGUUCCCAGACCGUCCAAUUAUAUCGUACCUACGAGUGAGGACAACAAUGUCUCCCUCGUAAUUUCUGAAGCAAGCUGUUCGGCCGAGGGGCUGUCCCUCGUAACUUGGAGCUCAGCCUUUCUCCUCUCCAAGGAGCUGUACAAGCUAGAAAUCGACCGGUUACAACUGAAGAAUCCCACCACUGGCUACUCUAUUCUCGAGCUCGGCGCUGGCACCGGUCUCACUGGCAUUGCUGCUGCCGCCGUUUGGGGGGGGAACGCCCUGCUCACAGACCUACCCACUAUCGUCCCCGGGGUGCAAGUGAACGCAGACCUUAACAAGGAGGCCGUUGCAGCAUACGGCGCGAAGGUGGGAUGCGGAACCCUGGACUGGAAGAGCCCGGAUAAGAUUUUUAUCCAUGGGACAUCGGGCGAGGCCGGACAGGCGACAAUCGAGGUGAACGACGACACGGCGUUCCCCGUUAUCGUCACGGCCGACACCAUGUAUACCGAAGACCACCCUCAGCUGGUGAGCCAGACGAUCCUAAAAUGCCUACGGAGGACGAAAGAUGCCCGGGCUGUUGUCAUGUAUGCGAUGCGGAUCGCAUACAUCGACCAUAUCAGGGAGUUCUGGGAGCUGAUGGAGGCCGGCGGCCUGGUUGCCGUGCAGGAGGGCCGGGCGGAAAUCGACCUCAAGGACUGGGACGACGAGAAGCUUCACGAGUGGUGCGUGUGGAAGUGGAAAGACCUGUGA